CCGGAAGCAGGAAGUAAGAUGGCUCCGGCGGGAAGCAAGAAGCAGGAAGUAAGAUGGCGUCCUCUGAGACCCAGGCCCGGUUCGGUCAGUCGGUGAAAGGAUUAUUAUCUGACAAAGUAGCUUCGUGCAGUGUGGACGUCAUCGCUCUCACGCGUCAGGUGCUGAAGAUCUCCCGCAGCCAAGAGCUUCUGGGUCAAGCGGCCAGGAAUAUGGUGAUUCAGGAGGACGCCAUCUUCCAUUCAGAAGACAGCCUCAGAAAGAUGUCCAUCAUCACCACACAUCUCCAGUACCAGCAGGAGGCCAUCCAGAAGAACGUGGAGCACUCCAAGAACCUGCAGGACCAGCUGAGACACGUGCUGAAGUGACCACAACACAUCCACAGCAAGCAUUCUUUUCCUUUUUCACAUCACACUUUUUAUUAGCCCUGAAAAUAGAAUGGGUCAAAGAGCAAAACUUUGUACUAUAAGAAGAUAACGCUUAAUAAAAAUAACCCGCCACUAAUUACAUUCUUCUUAUCUGUACUGGGGAUCCAGCGACUAUCGGCCUUCUUUAAUCGCUAUCGGACAGUUUUUUUUUCAUAUACCGUAUUUUCCGCACUAUAAGGCGCACCUAAAGACCUCCAAUUUUCUCAAAAGCUAACAGUGUGCCCCUUAUACACUGCAAAAAGUCAGUGUUCAAAAACAAGAAAAAAAAAUACAAAAAUUAGUGGUAUUUUAUUUGAACUAAGCACAAUUAUCUGCCAAUAGAACAAGAAAAUUCGGCUUGUCAAGACUUUCCAAAACAAGUGAAAUUAGCUAACCUCAAUGAACUCAAAAAUACCUUAAAAUAAGUAUAUUCUCACUAAUAACAAGUGAACUUUUCUUGGUAGAAUAAAAAAAGAGACCCUUUUCCUCAAUAUGUUGAAAAAUAUUCUUAAAUUAAGUAAAUACUAGUUCCAUUAUCUUGACAUAAUGAUAUGCGCUCGGCAUCAUGAUUUUUUUUCAUGCUUGAAGUAAGAAAUUAUUACUUUAAAAAAGUGGUUUUAUGCUUGUGAGUGUUGAUGACACAGCUUUGCAACAGUUGAUAUUUUAGUUUCAAGCAUGUUUUACUCAAUAUAGGUCAUCAAAUCUCAGCAACAAGCUGUAAUAUCUUACUGAAAUCACUUAGGACCAAAACCCUUAAAACAAGUAAAACAGUCUAACGAAAUCUGCUUAGUGAGAAGAAUUAUCUUAUCAGACACAAAAUAAGCAAAUAUCACCCUUAUUUGAGAUAUUUAAUCUUACUUAGAUUUCAGUUUUUGCAGUGUAUGUGUUAUACAUUUUGCACUACAUGCUAUACCUUGCUGUUAAAAGAUAAACGAAAUACCACGUCACUGACUUUACCUCGGAGAAAAUAAUAAAACAGCUGUUUAUUCAUUUUGGGAGUGAACAGAGUUGUCAGAACGCUGGUUUGUAAUAUAUUAAUAAAGUUUGACUGACCUAUCUGACUGUUUUGUUGACAUUCCCUUUAGCGCAGCUCCAUCUAAUGGAUGCAUAACGUAACCCCAGCCUCUACUGUAGUGUCUACUCUAUGCGCCUUAUAAUCCGGUGCGCCUUAUAUAUGAACACAGUUUUGAAAUAGGCCAUUCAUUGAAGGUGCGCCUUAUAAUCCGGUGCGCCUUAUAGUGCGGAAAAUAUGGUAACUACAACACAUAUCGGUAUUGACAUCAAAUUGUCAUAAUAAUAUUAGUCAUGUUUUAUUUCAGCAUCUGGGUCAAGUGGCCAGGAAUAUGGUCUCGGUAUUGGACGUUUCUUUUUUUUCAACUACAACGGAAGUACAUCAGUAGAUAUCACAUAAGACUAUCACCUUCUUUAAUCAGUAUCAGAUGUUUUUUUUUUUUUAACAAGUACAAAGGAAAUACAUCAAUAGAUACCA